GGGCGGGUCCCCCCGGCGCUGUAACGGUCGUGGCGCGCGGGGCAGCGCGAGCGCCGCGGCGGAGGCAGCUCACUGAAUAGACAAAAUGGCUGCUCUUGAGAAACAUCCAGACCUGAGGCUCCAGCAGAACAAUCCAUCGGAUUCCAGCACUGGUCAGAAGAGUCAUUUCUUGGAGACUGACUGGAAAACACCUAUGCUGUCUGUGAAGUUCCAGAGCCGUGUCAGUCGCUGCUCAAGCAUGGCUGACAGCAGGGAUGGGGGCAUUGGGACCUCCUGCUCAAACAGCACAGAAGACUUCUGCAGUUCCAGUGACAGUUCCUCAUUCCAGCCCAUCAAAACCCAAGUGACCAUCCCAACAGCUCAUGUUAUGCCUUCUACGCUGGGUGCCUCACCCUCCAAGCUGUGCUCUGUGGGAGACCAGAGCUGUUCGCAGAGUCCUUCAAAAACUGCUAUGCCAGGAUCUGCUUCUGAACACGCAGGGCUCAUGAGAAAUGGAGACUUUAAUGCUGGGAAGUCGUCUCAGGUGCCACCCAGGGAUCUCUUGCGUCUCUAUGGGGCUUCAGGGGAAAACGGUUUUGAGCAAUCCUGGCAUCCUGUUUCUGAUCACAUGAGAACAGAAGAUACUUGGAAGUUUGACACCCCUGCCAUUGAGCGCACCCUUAACCAGUCUCUCUUUCUGGAUAGUUUGUGCACUGACCCUCUCCACAGGUUCCAGAAGUUCAAUCCAAACUCUGGGGCAGCUGAGGCAGGAAAGGACCAUUAUAAGGUGCUGCCAGAGAGUAAGCAAGCGGCAGGGGCUAACGGAGCCUGUGAGCCCCAGGAUGGAGCGUGGCCGAGCGGGAGCAGACAGAUGCCAACGGGACUCCAGGCCAACAAUUUUUUUUCAAAACCUGUAACUCCUUCAUCUCGAGCAUGGAUGCAAGAAGCCUGCACGCUACAUCCGCACGAGAGGGUCUGCGAACUCAGUGCUUGGAAACAACAGCUGGAGAAAGUGCAAUUGCAAAUAGAGCAAAUGCAGUUACAAAAUGGAGGUGCCUGCCACCAUCCCUCGAUGUAUUCUCCUUCACUGCCUACACCUGAUCCAGCACAAUGGAUCAAUAUUCUGAACUCCAAUGAAAACCUACUCAAGGAGAAAGAGCUUCUCAUUGACAGACAAAGACAACACAUAUCCCAGUUGGAGCAGAAGGUCCGUGAAAGUGAACUGCAGGUUCACAGUGCCCUGCUUGGCUGUCCAGCACCCUACGGAGAUGUCUACAUGUUGAGACUGCAGGAGCUGCAGCGGGAGAACACAUUUCUUCGAGCACAGUUCACAGAGAAGACUGAAUCCCUCAGUAAGGAAAAGAUUGAACUGGAGAGAAAACUGGCUGCUGCAGAGGUGGAUGGAAAGCUGAUCCGGGAGUCACUGAAGGAAACAAUGCAGAAACACGCAGAGGAGUUAAAGAAACAGGAAGAAAGGGUAAAGGGAAGAGACAAACACAUUAAUAAUCUUAAAAAGAAAUGCCAGAAGGAAUCUGAACAAAACAGGGAGAAACAACAGAGAAUUGAGACCCUGGAACGAUACCUGGCUGAUUUACCAACCCUUGAGGACCACCAGAAACAGAGUCAGAAGCUGAAGGAAUUUGAAAUGAAGAGUACUGCUAUGCAGGAAACAGUGCUGGCACUGGAAACAGAGCUUGGAGGUGUCCGGGCUGCUUUCAGGGAGCAAGAGAUGCAGCUAGAAACCCAAAAACACAAGGAAAUGGAGCUUCUUUCCAAUAUACGCAGCUUGCAGGACAAGAUGCAGCAGUGUGUAAAGAAUGCAGAGAGAGGACCCCCUGCCCAGGAUGGGGAGAGACAGAAAAUAGAAAAUGACUCUCUGAAGAAAGAAUGCGACUGCCUCAGGAAGAUUGUGGACAAAAAGCAGAAGAAGAUGGAGCAGUUGUCCUUGCAAGUAAAGAACCUGGAAGAACAGGUAGCCCAGGAAGAGGGGACAAGCCAAGCUCUGAAAGAGGAGGCAAUGAGAAGAGAAAAUGCACUGCAGCAGCUCCGGACAGCUGUGAAAGAGCUUUCAUCGCAGAACCAGGAUCUCAUUGAGAAGAACUUGACCCUUCAGGAACGACUCCGGCAGGCAGAGCUAACAACCCAGCCACUGGCUGCUGAGACAGCCCGCCUCGCCCAGGAGUUGCACAGCGAGCUGUCCAGUUGUCUGCAGGAUUUGCAGUCUGUCUAUAGCAUUGUCACUCAGAGGGCUCAGGGCAAGGAUCCCAACCUCUCUCUGCUCCUGGGCAUUCGCUCUGUGCAGUACUCUGCUAAGGAGAAGGACGACUUGCUGAGCCCUGAUGGACUUGCAAAGAAACUGGUGGAGGUAAAACAGCUUCACAAAGAGGUGGAGGACUUGAGGACGGCAAUAUCUGACAGAUAUGCUCAGGACAUGGGAGACAACUGCAUCACCCAGUAGAGAAUGCUCCCCAAAAUCCUGUGUGACUAGUAAGACCAGAGGAUUAUCAGUGUUCAGGGGAUAUCUGUGGACUCCAUAGGCAAGCAGGUGUGCCAGUUAUACUACUGCUAAUUACGUCAAGGUGCUACAGGCUCCUCAAAUGCUGUGUGCACAGUGCUGACUUGGAUGCUUGCGUAGCCAGUCAUGGAGCAGGACCUGCUUUCCUCAGGUAAAUGCAACUGGAGUCUUCCAGUAGCCAGCAGGAGUUGGGGAAUAAAGCAACACUAAAAGACGACUCUGAAAACGCUCCCUCUGGGCACUGUUACCCCAGAAGCCUUAAGCCUUUUGUCCCCCCCCAAAACAGCACUCUGAGUGUGGGUAUGAUUCAGACUGCAGAGGAAGUGGAUUGAUGCUGGAGUGCCUUAAUGUGCUAGAGAAACGUCCUGUCCCCACAUUGCUUUGUGCCUAAUGCAUCUGCUGGCAGGGUGAGGAACUGCUGUUCCUUGUGGCAGCCUUUAGAGCCAUCACAAACAAUCCUGGGGAGCCUGGAAUGUCGGGAGCCCCUGCCAGAGCCGCAAAGAGCCUCUGAGCCCUCGGGGGACCCUGCUGCAGGCCAGUGGGGAGACACACCUCUGCUUGGUUCUCUGCUUGCUGCUUGAUAGGGUGAGCGCCAUUCUGCUCCUAACAUGGCAGGAUGGUACAGCCGGAUCCGAGAGCUCUUCCUGAUGCCUGCAAGGCAGUGGCCACUCAGGCUGUGUUGUAGCCCGAGUACUCUGCGAGCUCCCUGCUCUGCUAAAUAAUGAGAUUUCUAAAUAAAUCAGCAUGGGGUGUGGUUCGCUUUGUCACAGCCCUCCUUAACCUUAGCAGCAGCUUUACAGUAUUGAGUGCUUGCUCAUAACAACGCUGUGGUGCUGAGGGUAGAACUUUGCUUUUCAGCUUAAGAGCAAGAUAAGAAGCCAUUAUAUAAUGGGAGGGGAAAUACUGCUGAGACUUCUGUCGGUUUGGUUGCUCUUGUUUCGCGUUGGGGCUGUGAGCCCUAAAUUUGGGAGAAAUGCUUUUGUUAUUCCUUUUCGUGUUAAAUUUUAAAGACCAAAUCUGUUUUGUUCUUAGCAUUUGGCCACCACAGGUGAUGGUGGCAACAAAUCGGUUGGUUUUCUGUCCCAAGCUACCCCCUGCACGGCACAGGGAGAGAGCGCAGUGGCGUCUGCCCUGUUCUUUCUGCAUCUGGUGUAUUAAGUUUCUGGUUGUUUCUGUUCCCAGGCUGCUGGUGCUAUGUACUGAGCUAAAUGUGGGCCAAGGCUGUUUGUUGAAGUCAUUUGUCCUGGCUGCUGGGAGCUCUGUAGGCACUGGGGUGCAGAGCAGCACCAUCUGUGAAAGUUGCCCCUUCCCACAGGUUAGCAGGGUGCUGUUGAGCACCGUCCCCUUUCCCUGCCUUGUCCUGGGUUACCAGGUGCUGUGUGGGGACACGUCUGCCCUCUGCCCCUGCAGAGCUGGCUGUGCAAAUGGGAUCACGGCUGAAACCCCAUCUUGGCCGAUGCUUGGAGCCUGGCCCUGUCCCAGCUGCUGGGCAAGAGAGAUGCCCCCACGCCCUCACCCUCCUGCAAAACUGGACCUGCUUGGCUAAGAGGGUGAUCCUAUCUGCCCUACCUGUGCCUGCCCCUUUCCAUGCAGGGGAAAACUUGGGCCCUUCUUGGCCGAGCACCCCCGCAGGGGUGCAGGACCACGUUCUCACGCGGUCCCACGUCCCCUUGGCGCGGUUCCCUGUGUGUGUCCCCCGGUCGCGUUGGGCGCAGCGUCUGUCUCGCACACUUGUUUUGUACUGAUUAUUUUGAGUAUAAAAUAAAGCAGCUCUGCUCCA